UUCUUUCUAUUUCAAAAGAACUCUCUCUCUCUCUCUCCCUCUCCCUCUCUCCCCUCCCGUUUGUUUUCUUAGAUCUGCAGAUAUCAGUUUUUCUUCACUACAUUUCUGCGACGCUUAAGGAAAAAAGAAAAGGAAAUGGGAGUUGAGAACUAUCACGUGAUAGAGCUAGUAGGUGAAGGCUCGUUUGGCAAAGUUUACAAAGGAAGGCGCAAGUACACGGGCCAGACUGUUGCGAUGAAAUUUAUUAUGAAACAUGGGAAAAGCGACAAGGAUAUUCAUAAUUUGAGACAGGAAAUUGAGAUUCUAAGAAAGCUGAAGCAUGAAAAUAUUAUCGAAAUGCUUGAUUCCUUUGAAAGCCCACAAGAGUUCUGUGUUGUCACGGAAUUUGCGCAGGGUGAACUAUUUGAGGUACUAGAGGAUGACAAGUCCCUUCCUGAAGAACAGGUUCAAGCGAUUGCGAAACAGUUGGUUAGAGCACUUCACUAUUUGCAUUCCAAUCGUAUCAUCCAUCGGGACAUGAAGCCGCAAAACAUACUUAUUGGUGCUGGCUCAGUUGUCAAGCUUUGCGAUUUUGGCUUCGCACGUGCUAUGUCCACAAAUACUGUGGUUUUGCGAUCCAUAAAAGGCACACCACUAUACAUGGCUCCAGAACUUGUACGGGAGCAACCAUACAAUCACAGUGCUGAUUUAUGGUCCCUUGGAGUUAUCCUGUAUGAAUUAUUUGUUGGCCAGCCUCCAUUUUAUACGAAUUCAGUUUAUGCACUCAUCCGUCAUAUUGUUAAGGAUCCAGUAAAAUAUCCUGAUGACAUGAGUCUGAAUUUCAAAAGCUUUCUUAAGGGGUUGCUCAAUAAGGUGCCUCAAAAUAGAUUGAGUUGGCCUAUGCUUCUUGAUCAUCCAUUUGUUAAAGAAACCUCAGAGGAGCUGGAUGCCAGGGUAAUGUGUGCUGCAACUUCUGCAUCCAGAGAAUGUGAUGCAGCACGGAGGGGUGAAGAAAAUAAUAUGCAAGCAUCAACUGGUUUGAUUGCCUCAAAUCCUGGUAGAAGCAAUUCUGUUGCUGCUUUUGAGAACUGUAAUCCUCCGAAGUUUCCCAGUGAUGCUGAUUUAAAUUGUCCUAAUGCAGUCACAGGCAGCUCCUCACCACAGGAGGAGUUCCCUGGAUUUGCAAGUCCUAAUGAUGUUAAACAAUCAGGCAAUCAGAUAUUGGAUAGAUUGGAAAGCAAUUCACUUACAGUUAAAGGUGCCAAUAUAAUUGGUCAGGAUAAUGAAGCAUUAACAAUUAUUCUACUACCAUUGAGAAAAUGGUCAAAAGAAUCUCUGCAUUCUUGGAGGGAUCAAGAUGUUCUUACUACAAAGCAGUCACUGAGAAUUAUUUCAAACUUAGCUGCAGCUGGUGCAACUGGUGGCCUAGUUAAUGAAAUACUUAGUGAACUUCUUAAUUUCACUGCCAAAGUAGUCAGCUUGAAAUCCUCUGAACUUAGUGACUUAUUAGCAAAGAGUUUCUCUAUAAUAAAACUACAAUUAGACAAUAUUGGGAGUGCCAUUUCAACUUCAUAUUUCAAGCACUGGGUUGCCUUAACUGAAAUUUUUUCACAGAUUGUUGGUGGCCAUGAAGAAACCUCGGGAAGUGUUCUGUUAGAGUCCUGUGCUUGCAUUGCAACCAUGUUAUCUGCUGUAGAUGAUGGUCUUAAAGCAACUUCACUGACUUCUGAGGCAGCUCCUACUCCUGUAAUGCAUGAAGCGAUGAAGCAGAUUUUGGAUCAUGCGAAAACAUGUGGAUUAGUUGAAAAUUUAUCUCUUUGCUUAGCAACAUCAGGCUCUAGUCUCGUUUCAGGUUCUUUGAACAUGUUGCGUGCUGCCUGUGAAGCUUGCAGGGCUACAUGGUCAUUGAUAGAUGCGGUGGAAACUCUUUUCAGGAAAGAGAAUCUCUAUUUAUUUCCAUUAAAUUCUUUGCAAAGCCAUUCUUUACCCUGUCUUGACAUUCGGGACCAGGAACGAAGUUUAUUGGUUGGAACAGAUUCAGCAAGAAUCAUUGAAGCAGUGACAAGAGCAUUCUUGAGAUCAAAAGCUGUGCAGGUGGCAAUUUUCUAUUGCCUCAAGCAACGUAUAGAGCCAGCCCUCUCUGCUAGUAUUCAGAUCUUGUCAAGAUGUUGUCUACAUAAUGCUAUGGUUCCUGGUGUUCUUUGUGGCUUGCCUAGUUCUCUUCCUGUAACAACUGUUGUCAGUGGUGGAGGAGAUAAAACUAUUCUUUCAGAAAUAUUCGCCAUUUUAUCUUGGUGUACAUCUAAUAAAGAUCCUGAAACAAGUAACUUAAAGAGUAAAUCAGCGAAUUCUUCCACGUUGGUUUUAAAUUCAUGCCUUCUCCUUGCAAUCAUUGCUCAAUGUUUGAAGUCAACGGGAAGAAAUUCGGCCUUGUUUAUGCUGACAUCCUCUCCCAAGAAUCAGCUGUCCCGGCUUUCUAUUAUUGGCCAUCAGUUCUCUCCUGAUGACAAAAUGAAAAUUUCAUUGCAACCUCAUUGUGCAUCGGCUAUGCUGGCUCUUGCAUCAAUUCUAUCUCUUGAAAGUGGAGCUUCUGUUGAAUCUUCCAUCUCAGAAAUUGCGGUGCCUUUGAUUCCUCGAAGUGCCACGCUUUGCGAACACCUCAAGAUUUCACCUGUCGAAGGAAAUGAAUUAGGUCCACGCAACAUAAAUGUUCUCUCAUAUUGGCAUGGCCUUAGGGAUGGUUGUGUGGGCUUGCUGGAAUCCAGACUGAAAUGGGGAGGUCCAUUAGCUGUAAAACAGUCAUGUGCAAGUGGCAUGCCUCUGCUUCUUAUUGAUUUGUUAAGCAACAACCGUUCAAUUACCUCUAAUCAAGGAAUUGAUAGCACAAAGGAUCAAGUCGGGUUAUCCCCCAUUGGGGUUGUAUGGGCAGUUUCUUCAAUAUGUCACUGCCUUUCUGGUGGCGCCUCGAUUUUUCGUCAGAUUUUACUCAGGAGUGAACAUGUCAAGAAUAUCUCUGAACUGAUCUCAGAUGUGCAUCUCAAGCUUGUGAAAAGCUGGAGUGGGCCAGGUGGAGGCAAGGAUGGUGUCAGAGAUGCUGUAAAUGCAGUUAUAGAUAUCUUAGCUUUUCCUUUUGUUGCUGUACAAAAUACUCCUGGCUUGCCAUCAGCUACUGCUUCCGUAAAUAGCGGGUUCCUUCUCAACAUGGGCUCUCCUGGGGGCAAAAUAUUCAUUGAAGACAAGGACAUGGCUAAAGCAAUUGAGGAAGACAUGGGAAAGUAUCUAAAAAUACUUCUGGAGGUGGGAUUACCUGGCAUUAUGCUUCGCUGCGUAGAAUACAUGGAGUUGAAAGAUCUGGGAAGGCCAGUUGCAUUUCUUGCCAAAAUGAUCGGCCACCGACCUUUUGCUAUUCAAUUAAUAGGCAGAGGCUUGUUAGAUCCAAACAUGGUGAAAAGAUUGCUCGAUAACAUGAGUCCGAGAGAGGUCAUGCUUGAUGUUUUGAUGAUUGUUUCUGAUCUUGCACGCAUGGAUGAGGGUUUCUAUGAACACAUUAAUGGGGCUUCUAUAUUGGAAUUCUUGAAGAAGUUUCUCACACAUGAAGAUCCCAAUAUGCGUGCAAAAACCUGCAGUGCUGUAGGCAAUAUGUGUCGGCACAGCUCCUACUUCUACGGUUCGUUGGCAAGAUCUCGCAUCAUAAGUCUUCUCAUUGAUCGGUGUUCUGAUCCAGACAAACGCACUAGGAAAUUUGCAUGCUUUGCUAUUGGAAAUGCUGCCUACCAUAAUGACAUGCUGUAUGACGAGCUAAGAAGAUCUAUACCUCAACUAGCAAAUUUGCUGCUCUCAGCAGAGGAAGACAAGACUAAAGCAAAUGCUGCUGGUGCUUUAAGCAAUCUUGUUCGCAACUCGAGCAACCUUUGUGAUGACAUUGUGUCUAAAGGAGCCAUGCAGGCUUUACUAAAGUUGGUAGCUGACUGUUCAGCAGUAGCCCUAAACCCCAUGAGGAAAGAUGCUGUGAAUGAAUCACCAUUAAAGAUAGCUCUCUUUUCAUUGGCAAAGAUGUGUGCACAUCUGCCGUGCAGACAAUUCCUCCGUUCAUCUGAGUUGUUUCCGGUGAUUGGAAGACUUCGGCAGUCCCCAGAAGCAACAAUUGCCAAUUAUGCCACUGUUAUCAUCAGGAGAGUGGCUGAUAGUUGAAGCCCGAAACAGAGGUCAGGGAUUUUCAAAGCCAUAUUCUCAUUAGCUUGAUUUCCACCAAAUCAGUGCAUGAAAGUGAAACAGAAGCUGAAAGUAGUAUAAAGCUGCUCUGCAAUUAAUAUUGUAAAACACGAUUCUUGUAAUAUUCUUAAAUGCAUUAAUUAAUAAUUUUAUUAUGGUAA